AUCAGGCCUACUUCCUUCCUUCCUUCCUUCCUUCCUUCCUUCCUUUGCAGCCUGCUCUCUUGCUGAAGCCACAGCCAUGGCCACAGAAGGCGAGAGCACCACGGCCCUCCUGCCAGGUUUCGUCUUCGGCGCCUUGGCCUUCCACCAUCUCAGCACCGACUCCGACUCAGAAGGUUUCCUCCUUGGAGAUGUGAAGGGUGAAGCUAAAAACAGUAUUACUGACUCCCAAAUGGAUGACGUUGAAGUUAUUUAUACAAUUGAUAUACAGAAACACAUUCCAUGUUACCAACCCUUCAGCUUUUACAAUUCAGCCGGAAAACUGAAUGAGGCGUUGCUGAAGAAAAUAUUAUCAGGAUGCAAAAAGACUGUGGUCGGCUGGUACAAACUCAGGCGUAAUACUGACCAGGCAAUGACUUUCCGAGAGCGACUCCUUCAUAGACAUUUACAGUCACACUUUUCAAAUCAGGGUCUGGUUUUUCUGUUGCUAACUUCCAGUGUCACUUCUUCAAGUUCAUCCACUUACAAACUUGAGUAUGCCUUGCACAAACCACAAGAAGGUCUUUUCCAGAAAGUUCCACUUGUUGUGGCCAAUCUGGGAAUGGCAGAGCAGCAAGGUUACAGAACUGUAUCUGGGUCUUGUAUCUCUUCUGGAUUUUAUAGAGCAAUUGAAAAACACAGGUCAGAAUUUUUUAAUGAAGAUGGCUCUCUAAAAGAGGUACAUAAGAUUAAUGAAAUGUAUGCUACUUUGCAGGAGGAACUGAAGAGUUUGUGCAGUAAAGUAGUGGACAGUGAAAGGCUGGUAGAGGAUCUGUUAACAGAAGUAGAUCAACUAAGACAAGUAGUAAAAAGAAAAAAAGAACAGAUGACAACUGCUGAGGAAAAGAAAAGCCACCCAGAGGAGCCAAGAGAGAAUAUUUUCCUUUGUCAAGCUUUACAGAGCUUUUUCCCAAACUCUGGAUUGCAGACAAGUGUUGUUACUUUAAAAGGAAGGCAGAUCUCUAAGCAUUGCUGCACUGUUGACCACAACAUCCGAGUAGCAGACCAACUGACAUUAAUGCUCAAAGAAUGCAGUUUUAGUGAAACUGAAACAAGGCAAGUAAUGAAGCGAAAAGCGACAGUGAGCACAAGCGGAACAAAGCCUUUCAAAAGGCUACGAUCAUUCCAACUCUGUCAAAAACUAUUUCGAGAAGACAUUGAUAACAGUGACCAAGAUGGAAAUGCAAGCAAUGCUGAAUUAGAUGAGGAUGAAGCAAGAGAACCUAAUGAAUACGCACAUUCUCCAACUAUGUAAUCUCUUCUAGAGACAUCUAUAUUUACCUUCUAAUUGCUGCAUAGAUAAUUACCAUUCUGUGGUAACUCAGGAUGCCUGCCUGGGCAAUAUCAGUAAAAGAGGAAAACUCACUCAUCCAAAUCCAGACCAGCAUUGUCUUUACAAUUCAGGGAAACCAAAGUAGUCUCUUCAUACUUUGCAUUGUUUAUCUUCUCAGGGAUUAUUGCAGUAUGAAUGCACCAGCACAAAAUAGUCUGAGAAAGGUUAUUUUAUAAAUUUUGUAUGGAGAACACAAUGGUGUAUUGAGUAUGCUUAAAGAAAUGUGGUUAUACUUUUGCCAUCCGGAAAACAUGGAAGGAAACCAAACUUCUGAGAUUCCAUUUACUGCA